UUCUUUUUCAUCGUCCAAUUCUCUCUUUUCGACGCCUUUUGCUUCUCUCUCUCUACCUCUCUGUCUCUGUCUGUUUCAGGGUUUUCUUUCUCUUGGAUCAUCAUCAUCUUACAGAUUACCCAAAGACAAAGCACCAAAGCAUCAUCAUUUUCUACCCUUUGUGAGAGUUUCUUUGCUAUUUUUUUCCUUUUCGGCUUACUCCAAUCCUUGGAGCUUCUUGUUUAUUGCUCUAAUCAUCUGGGUUUUUUUUUAAAAAAAAUUUGUUACCUUGAAUGAAUAUUCUGAUGUUGUUUUCCUCGAUUGGGUGGGAGUUUUUGGAGUUAUGAUCUGGGGUUCUUUUGGAAACAUGAAAUUACCCCAACUGCUUCAAGUUAUUAUAAAAAGAAUAACCCAAUUUUUAGAUGGUUUGCUGGAUACCUUCAUCAAAGGUAAUUAAGGGAUUGGUAUCAUAUUAAGUUAGGAUUUUUCUUGUUUUGAUGCUAUCUGCGUAAGGGUAGUUUGAUCUGGGAGUUGACUUCGAUUCGGAUAUUUUAGAAAUUUUCACAGCUUUCCACAACCAACUGGUUUUCUCAGAUUUUUUUAUUGCUUGGGUGAUUUUUUAUUAGCUAUUUUGUUUAUCCCUGGACCUUUGAUUUUGUCUCAAGAAAAUAUAAGUUGGGAUAGUUUUUGAAUAUUCAAUCUUUUAUUCGGCACAUAUCUGAGAAGUUGCUAUAGAAUUUGGUUGUUUUGGCAGAAGUUACUCCAAUAAAUUUAUAUAAAGGGGUUUGGCUUAUUUUUGUUUAACUUGAAAGUGUUCUUCGAGGUCUUUGAUUUAUGGUUGGGAAAGGAAUAUGGCUGCCCGUAUGGAUUUUUCACCUCCAUUUGCAAUCAUAGAAGGUGGUUACACUAACGAUAAUGUACCAGACAUGGAUAAUGAAAAAUUGGAUAAUGAAAAACAAGUCACUCUCGGGAAACCUCCGCGCCACCUCUCCAUUAUGCAACAUUGUGUGAGUUCAGGGAGGCUGAUUGCUGAGGCUAAUUUGGAAUUGGAUGUUGGUAUUGUAGUCCACAAGUCAUCUUCUGAUGAAAAGACUGAGUUUUUGCCGGUCUUGCGAUCAGGAAGCUGUGCUGAGAUAGGACCCAAACAGUAUAUGGAAGAUGAACACAUUUGCAUAGAUGAUCUUAUUGGACAUCUCGAGACAACUACAAAAGUCCCUUCUCCGGGAGCUUUCUAUGGGGUUUUUGACGGUCACGGAGGAACAGAUGCAGCCAUAUUUAUUAGGGAGAAUAUCCUUAAAUUUAUAGUUGAAGACUCUCAUUUUCCAAUUUGUGUGGAGAAGGCAAUCAAGAGUGCUUUUCUGAAAGCUGAUUAUGCAUUUGCAGAUGCUAGUUCUCUUGAUAUAUCCUCUGGCACCACUGCAUUAACUGCACUUAUUUUCGGAAGGACCUUGAUAAUUGCAAAUGCUGGAGAUUGUCGAGCUGUGCUGGGAAGGCGAGGUAGAGCAAUUGAAAUGUCCAAGGACCACAAACCUAAUUGCACAUCUGAAAGACUAAGAAUUGAGAAACUUGGUGGAGUUAUUUAUGAUGGCUACCUGAAUGGGCAAUUAUCUGUGGCACGCGCACUUGGAGACUGGCACAUGAAGGGGCCGAAAGGAUCUGCCUGUCCUUUAAGCGCCGAGCCAGAGCUGCAGGAGACAGACCUUAGUGAUGAGGAUGAAUUCUUGAUAAUGGGCUGUGAUGGGUUGUGGGAUGUAAUGAGCAGCCAGUGUGCCGUGACUAUGGCGAGGAAAGAGCUGAUGCUUCAUAAUGAUCCUGAAAGAUGCUCAAGAGAACUUGUCAGGGAGGCAUUGAAGCGCAACACCUGUGAUAAUUUAACAGUGAUAGUGGUUUGUUUCUCUGCUGAGCCUCCCCCUCGAAUAGAAAUACCACAAUCCCGUGUUCGGAGGAGCAUAUCAUCAGAAGGGCUAAAUUUACUAAAGGGUGUGCUGGACUGUUAACUGAUGAAACAAGCGAGGGUUGAACCAGAUUUGUGCAUGAAUGCAUUGGAGGGCGAAAUGGUCGUGGCAUUUUUCUACUGAGUAGCUGCAGCUGCCCCCUUCACACCAUGGCUAACAUUCAUCCUUCAUCCAGGGACAUCCUUGUCGUGUAAAAUAUCAUUCUUUUUGGUUUUUAAAUCCUGUACACCUGAGAUAACUCAUGAUGUAGCUCCGAUUUGCAGGAUUCAUUGUUCUUCCUUUCUUUCUUUCUUCAUCUGCUUACUCCUCUGUAAAUAAACUGAAUCUUGAGAGAUAUGUUCUAGCAGUCUUUCACUAAAUCAAAUAAUUUGAUAUCAUUGACCAUUAA